AUCAAUGUUCCCAUCAUAAGUAUCGCCACAACCACUCAUUAAACAUAUUUAAUUGUUCUGCAAAGAGAACAAUUGAUCGCACAAUUCCUCCUCAACACACUGGUCCCACCCAAGGUCUUCGGACGUCAUCUAUCUUGUCGCAGCCGACCACUGGGCAGAAAGUACCUUAGGCUUCUUUCAUCAUGACUAGCACCACUGGUCAGCAGACAUCUGGGGCCACCGCUAUGACGGCUUCAAGUGGUCAGCCCCAAGCCACUCAUCCCAAUACGCAGGGAAUACCUCCGAGAGCAAACUUCCCCCCUCUUUUUGCCAAUUCGUUUUCGGCGGCCUACCGAGCUUACCUCAGUAAGAUAAACAGGUCCCUAGAUGACAAGUUACCCUCUAUCGACGGGCGACCGGUUGACCUUUACAAACUCCAUGUCGAGAUGAUCAAAGCUGGCGGGCCUCAUUACUUUGUCGAAACCUUUGGACGUCCUGUAGACGAUUGCUGGGCGAUUCUCGCUGCGAAACUUGGCUGUGUUCAGAUUCCUGAGUAUGAAAAUGAACCAGCUAGGUCGGGACCUGCUCAUGCCAAGGCACUGGAACGUGUCUACAAGGAUUAUCUGUUCUCAUUCGACGUAGGGUACAUUAGAGUGGUCCUUGAAAAGCGUCAACGUGCGACGGCGCAAUCCGCCACUAAUGCUUCUAACUCUCAGGUCAAUGAGAGCAAGCAAGGGCACUCCACGCAGAACACCGCUGUUGACGGCCAGUCCGUGUCAACUUCUGGUGGUACUUCGUCUUUGCAGGCUACCUCUGACAUUGCUGGUACUGAGGACAAGAAAGAGGCUCAGGAGCCUCUGACUUUGUCGCAUCUCUCUGAGGAUCAACUGAAGGCUCGUAAAGUCCGUGAGGAGAUGACCAGGAAGAUGACGGCCCAUAGAUCCUAUCUGCAACAAUGGGCCCAGUCCCAAAUGCAAUUCCUGAAUGAAACUAGGAUUAAUCAUGUGCAGGCAGAGUGUUCUUCGGCAAAGCCAGAAGGUACAGAAGGUCCUGCCGAAACAAAAGGAAUGAGCCAUGGUUACGUUCAAAACUCUUCCAAGGUGCAAUUCAGUAACAACAGCAGUUGACGAGCGGGGUAUAUGAUCGCCCUACUGCCUUUCAAGUUGGGCUCCGCACCUGUUAUGUAGCCUCCAGGACCGAUCCAGCAGGCAACCACACAGGACUGUAUGACUUUUUGAGAGUCCAGCUCCCAUCAAUGUAAACGGUUUAGCGGAUGGAUCUGGUUUGAGUGCCACUCUCAAAUCAGAUGGCUUCAUAGUAGUGCCACCAGGGAGUAAUGCUACUGUACUGUGAUAUACUGCGACAAAUGCAUAAAUGCGUAGAAACUACCAUGGUUC